AUGGGUAUUGUUAAAGACCAAGAAGAACCAAAAAGUGAAUGUAUCGUGAAUAAAAAUGCGCUACUGAUUGAGGAUGCAAUGAACAUGCCAGUUCUUGCGACUAAAAGUCCAAAGCGUAAGAACAAGAACCCAGCAAACAGGUUGAUUCCUGGUACUACUGACUUUGUGAGGUCAGGUUCCAGGCAGACCAGGGGAAGCAGACAGACCCGUAGGUCCGAUAACUUGAAACAUCUCCUUGAACUUGGUGAGAAAGACGAACCCUGUGAUGUCAGUGGAUUUGCAGAACUCAUUCAACCAACCAUAUCAACAUUCACCAAACUUUUCCUGGAGGAAGAGAAAAUGAAAUUAUGGAAUGACUUUAUCAACCAGUCUGAAGAUGAGCAAGACAGAGUGUUGAACAGAGCAAAGGAGGUGUUGAUUACCACAGAACAUAGCCAUUCAGAUGGUGAAGACAUGGAUGGUGAUUGGGUGGACCUGGCUGACAGCAGGAAUGUUCACCCUGCCUUCAGUGCCAAAGAGUGCUUCCAAAGAGUGGAUAGCAAUCUCAGAUCAAUGCUACGUCGUAGGCAUGUUCCCCUGGGCAUGGUAGCACAGCUAGAGGAACAGAUUCUCUCCUUCUUUGAGGAGUGGCCAUCAUCGGUGUAUGUGUCAUCCCUGCAAAGCAGCUUUGAACGUCUCCUGUUACAUGCCAUAUGUCAGUACCUGGACCUCUCCUCUCAGAGUUUUGAGAGUAAUGGAGUUCGCCAAACGCAGGUUGAGAAUCGCAAACCAGCCUUUUGUCCCCCUGAUGUUCUUCUAACUCAGUACCUCCAGAAUGCCCACCCUAGCACUAGCAGCUGAUGGUCUGCCAGCAAACCUGGUUUAUGACAAGCUAGGUCUACGCACACUACAUACUAUAUACAUUUCAAGUUUGGACACUCAGUAAAGCAUUUUGAACACCUCUGAUUCUACUGAAAGCAUAUCGACUGAAUAUUUAACCUAUGAGAACUAGCAUUAAUAUUACAGGAUAAUGAACAGUGGCCUAUGUUAGGCAUUAUACUAUUAACCUAUAUUACUCUAGCCCAAAGUAUAUACUACCAUUUCAAUAGUUUGAUUUUUCUUUGUUAAAAGAAGGCUUCAUACUCUUUGAGUGAAAUGAGGCCAUAACAACAGGUACUUUUGCCUAUUCAGACACUAAGCGUUAGUAAAUACCAGCUGAUUAUGAUCACUGACCUAUAGUGGACAUUUUCCUAUAUCGAAGAAUGCUAGACUAUAUUGAACACAGCCCUAUAGUGAACUCGGCAUAAUUAGUAGACAUUUCUCUGGGAUCAAGGAUGUCCUGAGCUUCUCAUGACACUUGUUACAUAUUCUAUUAUUGUAUGAAAGCAGUCAGGUUCUGACAGAUUGAAUACUCAAAACAUGUGUUCUCAUCAUGAUACCUCAUAUUAGG